ACCUGUGCUAUACCUACGAAACGGAUAAUAAAUUAGCUUCAAGUGAAUAAACGUGAAGUCAAAAAUGGAAUCAAGGGACGAGACCAUCUCCAAGACAAAUCGUAUCAUCUACGCGGUGAUAUUGUGUGGCACAUCCUGCGUUACGGGUUCUGCGAGCAGUUUGAUCGGCCUCUCCCUACCUGACAUCCAGUGUUUGCUGGGCAUCGACCUCAAGGUAGCUAGCUCCCUCCUGUUUGCCUAUGGCCUAGGCAUGUGCUGCAGCAGCCUUACAGGGCACUUCAUCAGAGACAAUGUAGAUACCACUUUGUGCAUGGUGGCCACGUUGGUGUUGAACGCUGUGGCUAUUGCUGCAAUACCAAUAUCUCCGUUUGUGUGGCUCACCUUCACCCUGGUCCUCAUAGCUGGAUGGUGUACAGGGAUAUGUAGAUUUGUGCGCAUAUUACAGUGUAACAUCGUAUGGCCCACCAGCUUCUUUGGAGUGUUCUUCGUUGGUACAGGAGCAUCAGUCAGUGCGAUUAUUACCCCUCUUAUUGUCAAAUACUUCAUACAACAUCGUCGGUUGCUGCCUGCAGGAGAACCGUCAGGUAAUACAACAAGACAGAUCGAAGAACAAAGGUGUGAUGGGUUUAACUCUAACAUACAAUACCCCUACAUUUUAAUAUCAGGGUUAGGCCUUCUUCUAGCCAUAAGUCUCAUGAUUAGCUACACUACAUACCUGCAGAAUGGUGACGUGAUGGAAGUAACCCCACGAAACAACAGGAAACCAACUGAACAAAGAAGCCAUAGUCUGACGUACAUAUUUUUGGCCCUGGGUUUAGGAUUCACGAGCUCGUCCGGUAAAGUAACGUUUAUAGAGCUCUUUGCAACCUAUGGAAUUCGCAGCCAACUACACCUGAGUGUCGGGGAGAUGUCUGUAAUGAUGUCGGCCUUCUCUAGUGGAAUAUUCUGCAGCAGACUCUGCAGUGUCUUCCUAUCAUCCAGGAUCAGACUCGAAGUCUUAAUGCUGACCUAUGUUGUUCUCGUUAAUGUUGCGUCUGUUCUGUUCGUACUCUUUAAAGACACAAACAUCAUCAUGCUGUGGACAAACUGUAUCAUGUAUGCUCUAGGAACAGGAUCGAUGUUUCCGGGGCUGCUGUCCUGGAUACAGAAAUAUUCAGGUAGUUCGAAAUCGCCACGACUCUUGAAUGCCAUUAUGUUUUCUAGUUUUGUUGGAGUUUUAGUUCAUCCAACAUUGUCUUCUGUAUUUUUUGGAUUGUUUGGACCUGAUGCCUUCGUAUACGCUGUAACCGGCAUGGCUUUUUGUCAACUCUUCAUGUUUAUUGGACUGUGGUGCAUAAGUCAUAAUAGGAAACACGAAGUCAACAUGAAUGUAACUCAAGACCCAUUGCUUAAUGACCAAUAGCAUUGCUAUGGAUCAGCAAAGAUAGUAUAGGAGUUACAAACAAAGAAGAAGCACACCCCACAUUAUAUUAACAGGGACAAUAUUGACGUUAGCACUUACAGCAAAUGCCAAUUCAUUAGGGUAUGUUUAUUAUUAUAGCUCCACGUCUACGGGGAUAGAUAGCCCCGUUGCUAUUCUGUUGAUAGAUACUAUUUACAUAUUUCUUACACAGCUGUAUAUCAUUACGUUAUUGUUAGUUGAAUUCACACAAAAUUGUCAGUAAGGACAAAGGGUAUACAUGUGUUAUAUCCUAUAUGGCUCCUUAAAGACAAACAGACUCCGUACUUAUACUGACUGAGCAGAUGCGACAAAUAUCAAGGUGUCGUGUUGCCAAAAUACCCAACACGGUAACAUUAUAACUUGUUCACUGGUUACAGAACACCUCAAUGUUAAUUUUGAACUGUUUGACGCACGGGUAUGAGAUCAUAAUAAGUACCAGAGUAAUGUAAUUAGCCAAUACUGGAUUUUCAUAUGACACAGAAUCUAGCAGAUGACAAGAAAAACAAAUUUAGAGUUAUCACCCUUCUAUCGCUUUGCAUUUGCAAAACAUCGGUAAUUUCCGU